AUGUAGCAUAACGAUUAGAUAAAUUAUUCAGAGUAGCAAAUUAUUAGUAAGGAAAAUCUUAUCAAAAGCUUCAUAUUGCUUAACAUAUUUUUAGUUGGUCUUGGUCACGAUCUAUUCGUCGGUAUGCUACUCAUUAAGGAUUAGCUUACUGGAUAGCACUAUGAGCUUAUAGCAUCUAUCUUAACUAAGAUUGUUGAGUUUAUCAAAUUUGUAAUGGUUUCUCAAAGAAACAAUAAAGGUCAGAUUGACAAAGAUUUGAUAUAACAUUACAUUUCUCUAACAAAAGGCAGUUUGAAGAUUAUUUUCAAAAGACUAGAAUAGUUUCAUCAAGCAUAGAAUUACAUAAUGAACAUCUAAUCUACUAUAGAUGGCCUUAAGAUCUUAGAACAAUUUAAGAGUACAUCGAGUAAUGCAACUCAAUUCGAUGAUAAUCUGUUUAACUUAAUACUUGCUGUUAUCGGGUUUUACAUCACUCCAUUUAAGGAUUAAGGGAUGGACACAUUCUAGAACAAAGAGUCAAAAUUUAUGACUUUAUUAAACAGUGAGUUGAUUGUUUCACAGAUCAAUCGAUCUAUUAUGGCCUUGAAAGCAGUUGAUAUUCCUUUAAAUGAUGAUUAACUUGCAAAGUUUAUUCAUAAAUUCAUCCUCAGAGUAGACAUGAUUACUGAUACAUUAAAUGAUAUUAUCGACUUAGAAUCUCGUUCAGUUAUUUUCUAUACUAUUAAUAUGCUACUAGAAUUCUUAAGAUCCUCAUAUAAAAUCAAAAUUUAGAAUUUAGUCUUAAAUUAAACAAAAAAUCAAGAUGCUACAAGCAAUUAUUCUCAUUCAUAAGGCACUUUAGUACAGAUUUUAUAUAAAAAGCUUUUGAUCAUAAUAGCAGACUGUUUCAUAAAAUUAGAUAGACUAGAAUAGGUAUUAGAUUUUGUUGAGGAGGCUAGUGGUUUUAUACACUAAGGAGACAAAGAUGAAAUCAAGUUGUACAUCAUAGCCUUAAAAUACAACUGCUAAGCAGGGAUUAAUAAUGCUGAUUCUUGCCAUGAACUACUUCAUCUUUUUAAUAAGAUCAUUGAUAACCAGUUCUAUUAAUAGGAGAUUGGUUUGGAGUGCUUUAACUACCUAGUAAUUUCUAACUAGACUGAUGUGGCGAUUAUCAUAGGUCAAAAUAUGCUAAAAACAUGUGAUAAAGUUAUGAUUGACCUGCAUUAACAAAAAAAUUUUCUUCUUAAAUUUCUCUAUGUUUUUGAAAACUACAUAAGUGAAGGAUCUUUAGAAUAAUAUAUGCCAGAUAAUAAUCAAGAAUAAGCUCCUGAUAAGAUCUUUAUUUAAGAGUUAUUGAAAUGCUUGGUAGACAGUCUGAGCAAAAUUAUCAGUUUGGAAUUUCUAAAGAUAUGCUCCAUGCCUGAAAUCUAAAUAAUCUUCUAUCAGAUUUGGAAUGUUGCAUUUGAAGCAAAGUAAAGAUAAAUGUACCUAGAAUGCCAACUUCUCCUUAAAUCUUUGUACGAGCAAGUAAGAAAGUUUUCAAAGUUUUACCAAGAAAGUGUUCAAUCAGGAAUAAUGGACAAUAAAUUUCUUUCUAAAUCAAGAAAACCAGGAAAAGCUGAUGAAGGUUGCAAUACUCAGAGAGAAGAGGAAGUCAUUUAGGAAAUUCUUCAUCGAACAUUAUUCUUAUGCUGUGAGAUUAAUCUCGUUAUGAAAAAUUAUCCUGCAGCCAAGAUUGCUGUUAAGGAUAUGGAGUCUAUUUCUAGAAAUAGUGCAAACACUUAUCUCAUGAAGAUCAAAGUACUCUUUAAGUAGAUCUAGGAUUAGUAGUUUAAUCCUUAGUAUUAUACUGACUGUGUAAAGGCGAUGUAGGAAGUAAGCGAUACUAUAAACUAAAUGAAUAAAUCAUAAGACUUUAACUUUGUUUACCUAAUGAAUGUCAUUAAUUAUGCAGAUGAAACUGAAAUUAAGAUUGAAUUUUACAGUCAGUUAAUUGAUUACAUAAUUGCAUUCUUUGAUUUUAAUAGACAGAGUAUUCUUUACUCAAUUGAAAAAGACAAUCUAUUUUAAGUUGAUGAAUUAGACCUUGAAGCUGAAACAUAGGAUGAAAAAGUAGAAAAACCUUACAAAGAUAGUGAAGAUGUCCUUAGUAAAUUUAAUCUGCUCAAGUUCUUGACUCACUCAGCUCAAUAAGCUUCCAUUAUCAAUUAGAUAGAGGAAAACUAAUUGAAUGAGGAGGCUAAAGUAGAAAAUGUAGAAAUGAAUGGAGAUGAAGACAAAAAUGAAGGGAUCAAUAAUGGUAAAAAGUUCAAAAUAGAUGUGUAGAAAUUUCUUGAAGUAUCACAGCGAUAUAUCAUUCCUAUAAAGAAUUAUUUGAAGUAAUAUUUCUAUUAUGACAGCUAAGAUUAUACUUAAGUUGAAAUGAGAGAAAAGUUAACUCUUAUAAUUGGUUACGAAGAGGCUUCUUAUUAUGCUUCUUUUUAUUGGAUGGAAUAUUACAAGUAUACGGAAAAUAUGAUGGCAGAUUUGAAAGUUUUAUAUAUGUAACACUAAGAUUAAUUAAAUGACACUUAUUGUUCAAGAACAGAUGAAUUAUUUUUUAAUGAUACAGAUAAAAUAGAUGAUUUCUUACCCUUUAUAGAAGAUAGUCUAAUGUUCUCCUUAAUUUAGGAAUUUUACAUUGAGUCAGAUAUCUUUGAGUUACAAACUGAUAAUAGAUAGAAAGAUAAGAAGGCUUUUCAUUCUGAGCAGACGCUUGACAAAUUGAUUUAUGAAAACCUCCUAAUAAAAGAAAAGAUUAUGAAUAGCUUGCUUUUGAUAAUUAUGGUAUAAUAUCAAAAUUUUGUUGUAAAAAAAAAUGGACUUGAAAAAGAUAUAUAUAAUCUAAACUAAGCUGUAAAUUUCACUAGGAAAAAGCUAUUUAAUAUCAUAGGAAUGCUUGCAAAUCAUCCAAUAUAUAAAGAAGCCAGCUAAUCUUAAAUGAAAUUAGAUGGGAAAAUUGAGUCUUCAACCAUUAUCAAAUAAGAUGAUAAGAGAGUAAUAAAUGUACCUGUCAAACAGUUAAAGAAUAAAAAAUUGCUUAAAAAGAUUAAUAGCAUUGAAGAGUUUUGCUCUCAUGUUGAGAGUUAUAUGGAAACAAUGGCCUUCAAGUUAUGUAUUGAACUACAUUAAGAUGAAAACUAAAUUGAUGAGAUGGUCAAUAAAAUGAUUAGCAUCUAGCAUGGAAAAAUUUAUAAAACAUCUUCACUAAAGGUAGUCUAUGUUUAUUUAAGAGAGAACGGUUUAUAUCCUAAAAAUCAGUCUGACAUAGAAUUGCAAGGUUUUCAUGAGAUAUUAAGCGCUCAUAAAGAUCUGAUUGAGAUAAGUUAAAAUCCUCAAGAAAAGUACAUACUGAUGAUGCAAGCAUGUAAAUAUAUAGAGAAAGCCAAUUUCAGCAUCAAUUUGGACUUUAUUAAAUGGAUGAUAAGUCUUUCUUGGAAUCAAGGUAUUUAGUUGUACAAGCAAGCGAUAAAAGUGGAAGCAAUUAACUGGAUGAAUUUCUCGAUUAAUUUAUUAAGAAAGACUCAAGAGUAAUUACAAAUCAGGAAACAGAACCCAGAACAAUUUUUUGUUGAUGAUAACAAUCAUCCUUCAAAUUUAGGAAAUUAAUCAAUUACCAAGAAUAAAAGCAAUAACUCAUUUGAAAGUUGGAAGGAAUUGGAAAGCUUCCUUAAUUUGAUAGCUAAUAAAAUAGAAGAUGCUCAUUAAAAGAUCAUUUAUGAAAUUUGUUGA